AUGAAGCAGCCUCAGAGGUUGGGGUCGACGCUGCGAAAACAAUCAAGUGACUUCUCCGGCGCUCUGAAAAGCCAGAACCUCGUCGAUCGCAGUGAGAACCUUCGAAGUCCCCACCACUCUCGAGCAAACGAUGAACCUGCCAGGCGCCAGUCUUUCUUGUCGCUCAGUCAGGUGGACUUGGCCAACACCAAGCUCCUGCUAGAAAGCAGCUUGAGCCCUGAAGAGCUUCCAGUAGCUAUAUCAGAUGACUUGUGGCGCAGCAACAUGCGGCGGGAAUCAAUGCAUACGAAGGCUUCGGGUGUUCAAAGAUCGUACCAGAGUACUGCCAAUCCCGGUGUGACGGAGAGUACGGCUAGCAUUCCCGAGUCCCGUACUACCACGCUACCGGAGACAGGCACACCCGCGAUCUCGCCUAGGUAAUACGCGACUAUUACAGUACGGACUGUACGAUGCACGACCAUCAAUAUAUGCCUUGACCGGGUUCCUUUAAUUGCAGUGCCGCAUGGAAAAGGCCUGAAGCAUAAUAUGUGGUAGGUGCUGCUUUGGGGGUUGUACAUGGACUCCGUGGGCAAACAUGACAGGCGGUGAAGGACCAAUGACUUUGAGCCGCGAAUCUCGAUCGGCACCUGUACUACUUUACUGCCCUCUCCACUUUGCCCACUUGGCCAUACCUGAAGCAGGUUCCGUAAUAGGAGUCCCGCAAGACUGACGAUCUCGUCGUGGGAAGAAAGGCUUGGGAGGUCAAGGAAAAGUCAUUUAGUGCAAUCUCCGAGAAGACUCAAAUGACUGGAUAUGUUGAGCCCAAUAAAAUUCCAAGAGCUAGAGUCGAACACAGUCGUGUACAAAUUCCAACACUUUGCUGCUUUGCGCUUGUUGCCGUAAAAAGAGAUAGAUUAUAACCAAGGGAAAUGAAAAGAAGAAUGGAACGUUCACCCGUUUGUUGAGAAAGAAAACUGCGAUCAACGCUUGGACGGUUAAGUCGGACCGUGACCAG